AUGCCAUCUGCUACUACCGAAGACAAUAGACAAACCCAACACGACUCAUGGUUCGACCCAUUACCAUUGGAUGAAUACCUCGAGAUUAACAAGCUAUCUCGAAAAACUGUUCCCAAAGAAAGACCGGUCGACAGCACCGAUAAACUAGGAGAAUUGGAUAUCAGAUGCGGUCCGAUAUUGAGACUCGCAGGAACUUUGGAAAAUGGAAGCAAAAACUAUAGAGGUUCAAUCAUGUUGGUCUUGAAGGAUUUGCCAGAAACACACACACCACAAAUUACCUAUAAAAUUGGUCCAGCAGCAGCAGCAGCAGCAGCAGAAGAAGAAGCAGCAGAAGAAGAAGCAGCAGAAGAACAAAAUGGCUCGGCAACUAGAGGACCAGUUUCUGCCACAAAGUUUUCCACUGGUGAGUUCCCAGCCACCAAAUACUACGAAGAAGACGGCUUUUCCUUCUAUAGAUUCAACGUUGAGUUGGAACUAGUUGAAUAUGAACAAAAAGUCGAGUACUACAUUGACAAUUUCUUCAAAAAAUCAUUCCAAUUCUAUAUUCCCAGCUACGAAGAGAGUAUGAAUGUCAUCUCAUACUCCUGUAAUGGGUUUUCCUUGGCUUGCGAUUGCGACGAGUACAAGUCCUCACUUUGGCUUGAUGUAUUGAACAAGCAUGCAAAGCAACAUUACCAUGUCAUGCUCGGAGGCGGAGACCAAAUCUAUUGUGACGCCAUCAAAUUGCACUCGCAAAAAUUGACUGAAUGGCUAGAGACUAGCAACCCAGUAAAGAAACGGUCUGCUCCAGCAGACUCAGAAACCAUCAAGGAGUUUAGCAAGUUUUACUUGAAACACUAUAUGGACUGGUUUGGUAAAGGGUUCUGGACCGGUAAAAACUCUCGCGUCUUGGAGGCAUUGUUCCCCUUGGCAAUGUCACAAAUACCGCUGGUCAAUAUCUACGAUGACCACGAUAUAAUCGAUGGGUUUGGUUCGUACCACGACUCAACAAUGGCAGCACCCAUUUUCUCCAAGGUUGGAAACAUCGCCUAUAGAUAUUACAUGUUGUUCCAACAUCAAAUGAACCCCGACGAAGAGUUACACUCGAAAGAUCCAUCAUGGGUAUUGAGCAAGAGAGAUGGACCUUUUAUAAAGCAAAAGAAUCACUCGGUAUACAUGAGAUUGGGUAAAGAAAUUAGUCUUUUGGGAGUUGACUGCAGAACACAAAGAAAACUUAAACAAAUCAAUGAACCAGAAACCUACAAGAUCAUCUUUGACAGAUUGAAAAAAGAGUUGAGCGAUGAAACAAAUAAGGGAGAAACAAAACAUUUGUUAGUGAUGUUGGGUGUGCCCAUCCUAUACCCCCGUUUGGUCUGGCUAGAGACUUUAAUGAGCUCCCCCGUGUUUGCUCCAUUGAGAAAGUUGGCACAAAAGGGUGUUAUAAACAAGGGUCUUGUCAAUGAGUUUGAUGGCGAGAUUGAAGUCUUGGACGACUUGAAUGACCAUUGGUGUACAAAGAACCACAAGAGGGAACGUAACAAGCUCUUGAAGGAUCUCACAGAGUUUGGGGCCAAGAGAGGUGUAAGAAUUACAAUCUUAUCCGGGGAUGUUCAUCUCGGGUGUAUUGGAAGAUUAAAGUCUAAAUACCACCACCAUCCUCAUGCGCACUUGUUGGGUGAUCCUCAAGAAAUUCAACGUUUUAAUGAGAAGCUUAUAAAAUACCCUGAACACGACCCACGCUUGAUCUUCAAUGUUGUUUCGUCUGCCAUAGUCAAUGCACCACCACCAGAUGCAAUGGCAACUUUACUUAACAAGAGAAGCAAAAUCCAUCAUUUCAAUAGGGAUACAGAUGAAGACGUUUUGAGAAUAUUUGUGAAGGACACCGAUGGGAAACCACGUGACAACAAGCAGUUUUUGAACAAGAGAAACUGGUCGGACUUGAUAUUGGCCAAGCAAUCGGUCUUGUACAAAUCAAGAGCCAAACUCGAGGGAGACGAAGUUGAUAAUGCCGACGAGAUCGAGGCAGUCUAUAGAAAAUUCCCACAACCGGUGUUUGACGGUCAUGAAAGCGAAGAUUUGCUUAAAGACCAGAAACCAAAUGACAGAGAGAUUGAGUACCCGCUAUUUGCAAGUUCGUUGGUCACCACCUUGAGAGUGGAACAAGAUAAGAGUGAUGUCAAGAGUAAAAGUGUGGGAUAUGAGGUGUUUAUACCAAGGUUAAUUGGACACUAUGAGUUGGACAAUGCUCCAAUCAAGCACGUUGAUGUUUAA